UUGGCGGCAAAUUGUUAUUUACAUUUAUUUAUUUUAUAUUUGCAAAGCACGGAAAUGGCAGACUCCGGCAAGGGCAAAGUGCUGCAGAAUACGGGCAAAUUCGUGAGCGAGAACCGGGCAGAAGGUGACGACUUCUUCAAUGAGGCGGGCUACCGUCAGUCCCGGGAAAACGACAAGAUCGACUCGAAAUAUGGCUUCGACCGGGUUAAGGACAGCCAGGAGAGGACGGGCUACCUCAUCAACAUGCACUCGAACGAGGUCUUGGAUGAGGACAGGCGCCUCAUCGCCGCCCUGGACCUGUUCUUCAUCCAAAUGGAUGGCUCCCGCUUCAAAUGCACAGUGGCCUAUCAGCCAUAUCUGCUCAUCCGACCCGAGGACAAUAUGCACCUGGAGGUGGCUCGAUUUCUGGGUCGCAAGUACUCCGGCCAGAUUUCCAGCCUGGAGCACAUUACCAAAGAGGAUCUGGAUCUGCCUAACCAUCUCUCCGGACUGCAGCAGCAGUACAUCAAGUUGUCCUUCCUGAAUCAAACAGCCAUGACCAAAGUCAGGAGGGAACUUAUGGCCGCUGUGCGGCGAAAUCAGGAGCGCCAGAAAUCCAACACCUACUACAUGCAAAUGCUGGCCACCUCGCUGGCCCAGUCCUCCGCCGGCUCCGAGGAUGCUACGAUGGCCAAGCGGCAGCAGGACUACAUGGACUGCAUUGUGGACAUCAGGGAGCACGAUGUGCCCUACCACGUUCGCGUGUCCAUCGACCUGCGCAUUUUCUGCGGUCAGUGGUACAACAUUCGGUGCCGAAGUGGCGUGGAACUGCCCACCAUCACCUGUCGGCCGGACAUCCUGGACAGACCCGAACCCGUGGUCCUGGCCUUCGAUAUAGAAACCACCAAGCUGCCGCUCAAGUUUCCCGAUGCCCAGACGGAUCAGGUCAUGAUGAUCUCCUACAUGAUCGACGGCCAGGGAUAUCUGAUAACCAAUCGGGAGAUCAUCUCCUCGAACGUGGAUGACUUUGAGUACACUCCCAAGCCGGAGUUCGAGGGAAACUUUAUAGUUUUCAACGAGGAGAACGAGAUGCAGCUGCUCCAGCGCUUCUUCGAUCACAUUAUGGAGGUGCGUCCGCAUAUCAUAGUCACCUACAAUGGUGACUUCUUCGAUUGGCCCUUUGUGGAGACGCGUGCCGCUGUCUACGAUCUGGACAUGAAGCAGGAGAUUGGCUUCUCCAAGUUUCGGGAGGGCAACUACCUAAGUCGUCCUGCCAUACACAUGGAUUGCCUGUGCUGGGUGAAGAGAGAUUCCUAUUUGCCAGUGGGCUCGCAGGGCUUGAAGGCAGUGGCCAAGGCCAAGCUGCGCUACGAUCCCGUGGAGCUGGAUCCCGAGGACAUGUGCCGCAUGGCCGUGGAGCAGCCCCAAGUGCUGGCCAACUACUCUGUCUCCGAUGCCGUGGCCACCUACUAUCUGUACAUGAAGUAUGUCCAUCCGUUUAUCUUCGCCUUGAACACCAUUAUUCCCAUGGAACCGGAUGAAAUCUUGAGAAAGGGUUCUGGCACUCUCUGCGAGACUCUGCUGAUGGUGGAGGCCUAUCACGCGCAGAUUGUUUACCCCAACAAGCACCAGAGCGAGCUGAACAAGCUGUCGAACGAGGGACAUGUCCUGGACUCGGAAACCUAUGUUGGUGGCCAUGUGGAGGCCUUGGAAUCGGGCGUGUUCCGGGCGGAUAUACCCUGCCGCUUUCGUCUGGAUCCUGCGAUGGUUAAGCAACUGCAGGACCAGGUGGAUGCGGUUCUGCGCCACGCCAUCGAGGUGGAGGAGGGCAUUCCCCUGGAAAAGGUGUUGAAUUUGGAUGAAGUCCGCCAGGAGAUUGUGCAGGGACUGCAGGGCCUGCAUGAUAUACCCAAUCGUCUGGAGCAGCCUGUCAUCUACCACUUGGAUGUGGGUGCCAUGUACCCCAACAUUAUCCUCACCAAUCGCCUGCAGCCCUCGGCUAUGGUCAGUGAUUUGGAUUGCGCCGCCUGCGAUUUCAACAAGCCAGGAGUUCGCUGCAAACGCUCUAUGGAUUGGCUGUGGCGCGGCGAGAUGCUGCCCGCCUCGAGAAACGAGUUUCAGCGCAUCCAGCAGCAGCUGGAGACGGAGAAGUUUCCACCUCUCUUCCCCGGAGGACCGCAGCGCGCCUUCCACGAGCUCUCCAAGGAGGAUCAGGCGGCGUACGAGAAGAAACGACUCACGGACUACUGCCGCAAGGCCUACAAGAAGACCAAGCUGACCAAGCUGGAGACCCGCACCUCGACCAUCUGCCAGAAGGAGAACAGCUUCUAUGUGGACACGGUGCGCGCCUUUCGAGAUCGUCGCUACGAGUACAAAGGUCUCACCAAGGUGGCCAAGGCAUCGGUGAAUGCUGCUGUGGCCUCUGGCGAUGCGGCAGAGAUUAAGGCCGCCAAGGGCAGGGAAGUGCUCUACGAUUCCCUGCAGCUGGCCCACAAGUGCAUCCUGAAUUCCUUCUACGGUUAUGUAAUGAGGAGAGGAGCCCGUUGGCACUCCAUGCCCAUGGCGGGCAUUGUGUGCCUAACGGGCUCGAAUAUCAUCACCAAGGCUAGGGAAAUCAUCGAGCGAGUGGGUCGCCCUCUGGAGCUGGACACUGAUGGUAUAUGGUGCAUACUACCAGGUUCCUUUCCUCAGGAGUUCACCAUCCACACCAGCCAUGAGAAGAAAAAGAAGAUCAACAUCUCCUAUCCGAAUGCAGUGCUGAAUACCAUGGUCAAAGAUCACUUUACCAACGACCAGUACCACGAGCUGAGGAAGGACAAGGAGGACAACCUGCCCAAGUAUGAUAUACGCGAUGAAAACUCCAUCUUCUUCGAGGUGGAUGGACCCUACCUGGCCAUGGUGUUACCCGCCGCCAAGGAAGAAGGCAAAAAGCUGAAGAAACGAUAUGCCGUCUUCAAUUUCGAUGGCUCGCUGGCCGAACUCAAGGGAUUCGAGGUGAAGCGACGUGGUGAGCUGCAGCUGAUCAAGAAUUUCCAGAGCUCUGUCUUCGAAGCUUUUCUGGCGGGCAGCACUCUCGAGGAAUGCUAUGCCUCUGUGGCCAAGGUGGCGGACUAUUGGCUGGAUGUGCUCUACAGCAGGGGUUCCAAUCUCCCUGACUCUGAGCUUUUCGAACUGAUUUCGGAGAACAAGAGCAUGUCCAAGAAGCUGGAGGAGUACGGCGCCCAGAAGAGUACCUCCAUAUCCACGGCCAAGCGAUUGGCUGAGUUCCUGGGCGAGCAAAUGGUCAAGGACGCGGGUCUGGCCUGCAAGUACAUCAUCUCGAAGAAGCCCGAGGGAGCUCCGGUCACCGAGAGAGCCAUUCCCCUGGCCAUUUUCCAGUCCGAACCGAGUGUGAGACGGCAUCACCUGCGUCGCUGGCUGAAGGACAACACCAUGGGCGAUGCGGACAUUCGGGAUGUGCUCGACUGGAACUACUACAUCGAGAGAUUGGGCGGCACCAUCCAGAAGAUCAUCACCAUUCCGGCGGCGCUGCAGGGCUUGGCCAAUCCUGUGCCCCGGGUGCAGCAUCCAGACUGGUUGCACAAGAAGAUGCUGGAGAAGAACGAUGUGCUGAAGCAGCGUCGCAUCAACGAGAUGUUCACCAGCAGGCCCAAGCCUAAGCCUCUGACUACAGAGGAGGACAAGCUGGCGGAUAUGGAGGAUCUGGCUGGCAGAGAUGGUGGCGAGGAUGCUGCAGGUCGUCCUGUGGUUACCAAGAGGAAGCGAGUCCAGUUGGAUGAGAACGAUGAAGAAGAGGCGCAGCCAGAAGCCACCACUUGGCGCCAGGCACUGGGUGCUCCACCGCCCAUUGGAGACACGAGGAAAACCAUCGUGGAGUGGGUGAAGUUCCAGAAGAAGAAGUGGAAAUGGCAGCAGGAUCAGCGGCAGCGUAACCGCCAGGCCAGCAAGCGAACCAGAGGCGAGGAUCCUCCAGUUGUCAGGGCAACAGGAGCCACUGGCACUCUUGGAGGCUUCCUGAGACGAGCACAGCGCACCCUUUUGGAUCAGCCCUGGCAGAUUGUGCAACUGGUGCCCGUGGACGAUCUGGGACACUUCACCGUGUGGGCUUUGAUAGGCGAAGAGCUGCACAAGAUCAAGUUGACAGUGCCCAGAAUUUUCUAUGUGAAUCAGCGGAGUGCGGCUCCUCCCGAGGAGGGUCAACUUUGGCGCAAGGUCAACCGUGUUCUGCCGCGUUCCAGGCCCGUUUUCAAUCUCUACAGAUAUAGUGUGCCGGAGCAGCUCUUCCGGGACAACUCCCUGGGCAUGCUGGCGGAUCUGGCCACGCCCGACAUCGAGGGCAUCUACGAGACGCAGAUGACGCUGGAGUUUCGCGCCCUUAUGGACAUGGGUUGCAUUUGUGGCGUGCAACGCGAAGAGGCGCGUCGUUUGGCCCAACUGGCCACCAAGGAUCUGGAAACCUUUAGCAUCGAGCAGCUGGAGCAGCGCCCGCAGACCCAAGUCAAGUACCUGGCCGGUGCCAACAAUCGGAUGCGCAAGAUCUAUCUGUACCAGCACAACACUCCCACGGCCAAGAAGGAGAUCUGGUCGCUGAUCCUGAUGCCCAGCAAGAAGGCCUACAUCUUCGCCUUGGACACGGUGCGAGCCAACCAGAUGCCCAACAUGAGGCAGCUGUACACCGCCGAGCGUUUGGCUCUGCUUAAGAACCUAACGCGCGAGGAGCAGGACAAGAUUCCCGUGGAGGAUUACACCUUUGAGGUGCUCAUAGAGGUGGAUGUGAAGCAGAUUUACCGGCACAUCCAGCGGGCGCUGACCACCUACAAGCAGGAGCACCAGGGACCCACUAUUCUCUGCCUGCAAACAGCGCUGGAGGCGCGAAAACUAAGCCUGGCCAUGCCCAUUCUACUGGAGUUCCCCCAGGCCCAGAUCCACAUCUCCGAUGAUGCCAGUCUGCUGUCCGGCUUGGACUGGCAGCGUCAGGGCUCCCGGGCAGUGAUCCGUCACUUCCUGAACCUGAAUAAUGUGCUCGAGUUGAUGUUGGACCAGUGUCGCUACUUCCAUGUGCCCAUUGGCAAUAUGCCGCCGGAUACGGUGCUGUUUGGAGCGGAUCUCUUCUUCGCCCGCCUGCUGCAGCGGCACAACUUCGUGCUGUGGUGGUCGGCGAGCACCAGGCCGGAUUUGGGCGGCCGGGAGGCGGAUGACAGUCGGCUGCUGGCGGAGUUCGAGGAGAGCAUCAGCGUGGUGCAGAACAAAGCGGGUUUCUAUCCGGAUGUUUGCGUGGAGCUGGCUCUGGACAGUCUGGCAGUCAGUGCCUUGCUACAAUCCACGAGGAUCCAAGAGAUGGAGGGCGCCUCCUCGGCCAUCACCUUCGAUGUGAUGCCGCAGGCCUCGCUGGAGGAGAUGAUCGGCACAGUUCCGGCUGCCACAUUGCCCAGCUACGAUGAGACGGCCCUCUGCUCGGCUGCCUUCCGCGUGAUGCGCUCCAUGGUGAAUGGUUGGCUGCGCGAGGUGUCCAUCAACAGGAACAUCUUCUCCGACUUCCAGAUCGUUCACUUCUAUCGCUGGGUGCGCUCCAGCAAUGCCUUGCUGUAUGAUCCGGCCUUGAGAAGGUCCCUGAACAAUCUCAUGAGGAAGAUGUUCCUGCGGAUUAUAGCCGAGUUCAAGCGACUUGGAGCCACCAUUGUGUAUGCGGAUUUCAACAGGAUCAUCCUCAGUUCUGGGAAGAAAUCCGUCUCCGAUGCGCUCGGCUAUGUGGACUACAUUGUGCAGAGCUUGAGGAACAAGGAGAUGUUCCACUCCAUUCAGCUGAGCUUCGAGCAGUGCUGGAGCUUCAUGCUCUGGAUGGACCAGGCCAAUUUCUCGGGCAUAAGGGGCAAGCUGCCCAAGGGCAUCGACGAGACAGUGUCCUCCAUAGUGUCCACUACCAUGCGGCGGGAUCCAGAGCGCAACGAAGACGAAGAGGGGGAUGAUGAUGAGGAGGAGGAUUUGGAAAACCGCGAUCCAGUUGAGAGCAACGAGCCGGAGCAGGACCAGGAGGAUGAGCUCUCGCUGGAGCUCAACUGGACAAUUGGCGAGCAUCUGCCGGAUGAGAACGAGUGCCGCGAGAAGUUCGAAAACCUUUUGACCCUCUUCAUGCAAUCCCUGGCCGAAAGGAAGACCACCGAGCAGGCCAUCAAGGACAUUUCGCACUGCGCCUUCGACUUCAUCCUGAAGUUGCACAAGAACUACGGCAAGGGGAAGCCCAGUCCGGGACUAGAGCUCAUUCGCACCCUGAUCAAGGCGCUCAGUGUGGAUAAAACACUGGCCGAGCAGAUCAACGAGCUGCGCAGGAACAUGUUGCGCCUGGUGGGGAUCGGUGAGUUCUCCGACCUGGCCGAGUGGGAGGAUCCCUGCGACAGCCACAUCAUCAACGAGGUCAUCUGCAAGGCCUGCAAUCACUGCCGGGAUCUGGAUCUCUGCAAGGACAAGCACCGCGCCAUGAAGGACGGAGUACCCGUUUGGCUGUGCGCCCAGUGCUAUGUGGCCUAUGACAACGAGGAGAUCGAGAUGAGGAUGCUGGACGCCCUGCAGCGCAAGAUGAUGUCCUACGUGCUGCAGGACCUGCGCUGCUCCCGCUGCAGCGAGAUCAAGCGCGAGAAUCUGGCCGAGUUCUGCACCUGCGCCGGUAGCUUUGUGCCCCUCAUCAGCGGCAAGGACAUCCAAACGCUGCUGGGCACGUUCAGCAAGGUGGCCACCAACCACAAGAUGCAGUUGCUCCAGCAGACAGUCCACCAGGCACUGACCACGCCGCGCUGAGGUUGUUCGACAACUGGGAUAUUGUUAUUUUGUAGAUCAUAGGAAUAGUUUUAAAUAAAAUAUAUCGUUAACGAAAUGUUGGGGGUUUUAUAAAACGAAAUAGGCAACAACUUCUGUUGGUUUCGAUUGGUUUCCUCAAUUUUAUCAAUGAUAAAAUGAUAUUAU